GAGGAGCUGCUUCCCAUGGCUGCUAUUGUAACCCCAAAUAUUAAAGAGGCGUCAGUUUUACUUGGUGAUGUUCCAAUGAAUUCAGUUUCUGACAUGCGUGCUGCUGCAAAAUCGAUACAUGAUUUGGCUCCUAGGAGCGUACUAGUCAAAGGUGGUGAUCUCCCUAAUUCAUCGGAUGCUAUUGAUAUAUUUUUUAAUGGUGAGAAUUUCUACGAGCUUCGUUCAUUUCGUGUAAAUACCCGCAAUACUCAUGGCACUGGUUGUACUAUGGCAUCAUGCAUAGCAGCAGAGCUGGCAAAGGGUUCGUCAAUGCUUUCAGUCGUCAAGAUAGCUAAACGUUUUGUCGACACUGCCUUGGAUUACAGCAAAGACUUGGUUAUUGGAAAUGGAGUCCAAGGCCCUUUUGACCAUUUUUUGGCACUGAAGAAUAUCAACCAGAGCUCUUGUAGGCCGGAUAGGUUCAAGCCCAAUGACUUAUUUCUACACGCUGUAACAGAUUCACACAUGAAUAGGAAGUGGGGCCGUUCUAUUGCUGAAGCAGUUAAGGCUGCUGUAGAAGGUGGUGCUACCAUUGUCCAAAUAAGCCUUCCUCUCUCCCUUUCUCCAGAUUCAGAUUCACGAAUCACGACAAACACGCCCCCGCUUUACUCUGCCUCCAGUCCAGAUCUCCUCUGCUCGCUGCGGGCCUGCGGCCGCCUCUGCCUGACUGCCUCUGUGGCCGUUCGUCGCUCUCUGUUCGCCGCAACCUCAUCUGUCUCGAGAACUGCUUUGUUCAAAAGAACACAAGCCACUAGGACAGGACAGUAUUUUCCCCGAACCAUUGUUUUCUGCAUCAUUGCAUUCCUACUAAAUCAACUUAAGAUGACCUCUCCAGACACUCUUAUAUUCAUGGAACUUGCAAUACAGCAGGCAAAGUUAGCUUUGGAUGCCCUUGAAGUACCUGUUGGCUGUGUGAUUGUUGAGGAUGGGAAGGUUAUAGCCUCAGGAAGGAAUCGAACUACCGAGACACGAAAUGCUACUAGACAUGCAGAAAUGGAAGCUAUAGAUGUGCUGUUAGAACAGUGGCAGAAAAAUGGACUUUCAAUGACUGAAGUUGCUAAAAAAUUCUCAAACUGCAGUCUUUAUGUUACCUGUGAGCCAUGCAUAAUGUGCGCAUCUGCUUUAGCAACUUUAGGUAUAAAGGAUGUGUUUUAUGGUUGUUCAAAUGACAAAUUUGGAGGUUGUGGAUCAAUACUAUCAUUGCAUUUAAAAGACACUGCGUCACUUAAUAAGGGUUUCAAAUGUGCUGGAGGUAUAAUGGCGACAGAAGCUAUCCUUCUCCUACGAACAUUCUAUGAUCAAGGAAAUCCAAAUGCUCCAAAACCCCACCGGCCUCUAGCACAUCAGGCAACAACUUGAAUUUGUAUAUCACUAGAAUCAAAUUAUACUUACAGGGAGGUUGGACAUAUGAGCUCUUCUACCAUCAACAUUUCCAUAACAGACAAUAGCAUGGAGCAAACUUAAAAUAAAGCCCAAACCAGAAGCCACCCCUCUACACCCAAGUAAUUAUUUUAAUAUCAGUAUUUCUACAUCCAAAUUAAUCUAUAAUUAAAUAUAGUUACACUAACACUCAAGUAGUUAAUGAAUUUUAAUUAAUGAAAGAAUUGUCAGAAGCCACCCCUCUACACCCAAGUAAUUAUUUGGCAUGGGUGUUCAAUGCUGUCUAUUUGGCUCUGCUGGAGUCGUGCUUGGGGGAACUGGGCCCCGCGGGAGGAAAUUAGCUGAAAUGGCUCUCCUUAAAGUUGGGGCUGGUGCUCUGACUGAUAGGGUAGUAGAAGCUGCUCGUGUUUUGAUUGUGGCAGCCACUAUAUCAGUCGGUGUUCACGGGCCAUGAUAUAAAUGUUUGACUGAUAACGUAUGAACAUAAUUGUAUAACAAAAAUGUAAAAAGUACACGAAAUAAUAUUACACACAUAUCUGUACAUAGGAGUGUGUAAAGUUGUAAGCUGUUUAUCUUAGGUUCUUGUAGAUACUAAUGAUAUGACUGUCUUUAGCAGAAUGAUUUUGAUGUAAUGAACAAAUAUGUAAAUAGAUAUUUAAAUUGUUAAUUGCUAA